AGGAACCUACCGCUGAUUCGGACAGACCUGGGAGUAGCACUACUAGACACGGGGAGCGAUAUUAACCUGGCUAGACUGACAUCAGGAUUGCGAAUACUCAAGGACCGCACCCCACCGCCGAAUAUUCGUGACGCGAAUGGACAGCAAAUAACCAUCGUAGGGUACGUCAACCUCAAUGCAACGUUGCCCGAUAACACUACUUCGCGCUUCACAUGCUGGGUAACCCCACAAUUGCCCGUCCCCAUAUUAGUCGGGUUACCACAACUCGACCAAUGGGGCAUAACUUGGGAUUUCAAGACCCCAGCAGGCCGUAAAGACGAUCACAUUCCCUUGCCGAAACAAACGAUUCCAGCGGCUAAUGUCAAGCCUGUUGACUUAGAAUUACUUGACGCUAACACCAAACCAAUUGUGACCAAGCCUUAUGUCUUUCCAGCCGGAAUUAGAGACAAAGCUGACGAAGCAAUACAAGAUAUGCUCAAGCAAGGCAUUAUAACUCAGUCUAGUUCACCGUGGGCUUUCCGACCUCGGUUAGUAUUCCAUCCGGACAAACCAGUCAGAAUCUGCGGUAACUAUAUCCCGCUCAACACUCUACUAAAAGGAAACAGCUACCCCUUACCGAAUAUGGAGGAAAUGCUGCAAUUACUCGCACAAGGCAAGUAUUUUGCUAAAGUGGACUUGACCAAAUCUUUUUGGCAACUUCCACUGACAGCACAAAGCAGGCAACUGACUGCCUUCUAUGGAGUGAGGGGUCUUUAUGAAUACACACGACUACCUUUCGGUCUAAAAGUAGCUCCGGCACUUUUCCAACAGACCAUAGAUCAAGUGCUCAAAGAUCUCCCAUGGGCUUUCCCAUAUGUCGACGACAUCGCAACUAUCGGUGCCACCGAAGAGGAAUGCGCUGAUCGGAUAAGAGCCAUUGUAGAAACCCUAACCCAAAAAAGGUUCGCUAUCAAUUACGACAAGUCAGUAUUAGAACCACAAAAGGAGCUUGAUUUCCUCGGACACAAGAUCGCUUAUAAAUCGAUAGUACUACACCCACGACACGUCGAAGCUAUGCAAGCUCAACGACCUCCGCUAUCCAAGGCUGACCUUCACAGCUUCCUUGGCUUGGCUAAUUGUUUUAGGAGGUUUAUUCCGCGAUACGCCGAAAUUGCACAACCACUGUACACAACACUACACCAACCAGAGUGGGGUUUCGGAGAAAAAGAACUUAAGGCGUGGAGUCACUUGAAGGAAGUGCUGACACAACUUCCGAAUUUGCACCCGAUUGACAGCGACAGUCCGAUUGUUCUAGAUACCGACGCAUCGCAGCGAGGUAUCGGAGCCUGUCUAUAUCUCCAAAAGGACAACGACCUCUUUCCUGUGGCGUACGCCUCCCACGCAUUCACUAAACAAGAAGCCAAGUGGCCAAUACGGGAACUCGAAGCCUUUGCAAUAGUCUGGGCCCUUCGACAUUUCCGACAACUUCUCCUAGGACGCAACAUUACGAUUCGAACGGAUCAUGAAUCCCUCCGUUGGAUGCGAAAUUGUGACAAGGGCCGUAUAGCACGCUGGAACUCCUCAUUAGAUGAAUUUGAUUUACAGAUUAUUUACAGAAAGGGGAAGGAGAACCAAGUAGCGGACUACUUGAGCAGGCACGUGGAACUAGAUGAUACUACUAAAUCUAUUGAAGAAGAUACACACCCUUAUUUAUCAUUACCUGCACUUGAACAUCCACCGAUCACACUACACACCGGCACUCGGAUUCACAAAUAUUCCUCACUUGACUUAGAAACGAUCAAGGAGCACUCAAAUGAAGACGUGGAAGCUGAACAACUUCGGAUACAAGGCGUUCUCGAGAAACACGACGGAUGCUACUGGGAAGGAAAAAGGUGUUUCGUCCCACGUGACCUACGGAAUAAUACUUUGGAUGACUUCCACUCACCAAAUGGGCUCCAUCUCGGAACGACGAAAACGUACCGAUCUUUGAGUGGCGCAUACUAUUGGCCUAAGAUGCACGAGCAGGUAUCUCAGUUCGUGAAGACGUGUCCGGAAUGUAUACGGACGAAGGCCCGACACGACUCCCGUCAAGGGCUUCCACUACAUGUCCGAGCUACCGAACCUUUAAGCAUGCUCAUGAUAGACGUAUAUGGACCUGUAAGAAGACCUGGACGGAACCCGAGCUACAUCCUCAAUCUCCUGGAUGUAGCCUCACGAUAUUGGCAAAUCUCCAUCAUUACCCAACCAUUCACGUCUUCCUUACUCUGGGAAGCAUUACUCCAAAAAUGGUUCUUACCAUUCACAGUCCCUGAACGAAUCAUAUCUGAUAACGCAACAAUUUUCCAUUCCCGGUAUACACGGGAUAUGACCUCGCGUUUGAAAAUAUCGUGGACUCACAACGCUCCUGGAUUCCCACAAGCAAGAGCCCCAGUUGAGAUUAUCAAUCGACAUCUUAACAACUUCUUUAGGACCCCGGAGGAACUACCGCGUACCUGGCCAUUCCAACUGAAACUUCUGGUGCAACAAUAUAACCUGACGCAUCAUGAAAGUCUGGGUUUCUCUCCAGCUGCACUGCUUUUCGGUCGGCAAACACCCCAACAGACUGGAAUUACUGUGGACUUGCUAAAGGACAAUGAACAACACGUCAUGGAAACCAACGAGAUCAGACGGCGAGCCGACCAGCGUAUGAAACAACUCCAGAGCGAAUUGGACGAGAAGAUGGCGCAUAUCAACUUUAAUCCUGUUGCGUGGAUUAUUCUAGAAAUGAGGUUUUACUGCAACAAGGGAAUCAGGUGA